GUCACUUCCUCUUUCGGCCUCCUCCCCUGCUCUUCUGGACACUACGCGACAAGAUGGCGGCGAGGCCGAGGAUGAUGCCAGGGGCGGAGGUACCAGACUCACUUUCGGCAAAGUACACCGGGUCAUUUGCCUACUUCACUGUUAAAGACAGACUGCCACAGAUACUGACUAAGGCUAUUGAUACAGUGCAUCGGAAUAUGGAUACAUUUUUUGAGCAACAUGGACAGGAAGGUGUUGAGGCAGAAAAAAGAGCCAUCUCUCUCAUGUCUAAGUUACGAAAUGAGCUGCAAACUGACAAGCCAGCACUACCUCUUACAGAUGGAUUACCUGAUACUGACCUGUGGAAUGAAUACCUAGACCAGCAGCAGGCUAGAUUGGAUACGGGUGAAAGCCCCAGCUGGUUUAAGUCACCCUGGCUGUACAUGGAGUGUUACAUGUACCGUAGGAUUCAGGAAUCACUGCAGCUCAAUCCUCCCAUGUGUGAUUUUGAUGCAUUUAAUGAAGCUAAGACUCAAAGUUUCUUUGCAUCACAGCAGGCUGUCAUUGCUAUCUGCACCUAUUUUUUAGAAAUGAAAAAGAAGAUAGAAUGUUUCAAAGAUACUCAACUCAAAACUGAGUUUUUGCUGCUCAUGCAGGUUGCACUUUGGGGAAACAGAUGUGACCUUUCCAUUUCUUCUGGCCAGGACAACUCUCAGAAGUUCAAUCCAUUAACUUCUCUAGAAUCUUUGAAGCCUUCCAUCCUGGUAGAUGAUUCUGAAGUUGUUUGGGAACUCCUCAUUAAUAAUAAGAAAAACAAAACCUCAAAACCAACAUGCACCCGAAUAGAUAUUGUCCUUGACAAUUCUGGAUUUGAGCUGGUGACAGACUUGGUACUAGCAGAUUUUCUCAUUACUUCUCAACUGGCUGAUGUGAUACACUUUCAUGGCAAAAGCAUACCUUGGUUUGUUUCUGAUACAACCAAGAAAGAUUUUGAUUGGACACUAAAGAAGAUGCAGGCAGCCAAUCAAAUGCAGAUGUCCAAAAGUGGUGUGAUGUGGGCAAAGAAUGUGAAACAAGGUAUUUGGGUUUAUCACAAUCACCCUUUCUGGACCCUCCCUCACGAGUUUUGUGACAUGCCUCUGGUUGCAGAUGAUCUGUAUGCUGAAUUACAGAAGUCAAAUUUGAUCUUUUUUAAGGGAGACCUGAACUAUAGGAAACUAACAGGAGACAGAAAAUGGAGCUAUACGGUUUCUUUUGACACUGCUCUACGCGGGUUUCAGCCCGCACCACUUUGUAGCUUAAGAACACUGAAAGCUGAUAUUCAGGUUGGCUUAAAGCCUGGGCAAGGUGAGCAGCUGGCAGUCUCUGAUACUGAAUGGAUGAUCAGUGGACGCUAUGCCAUUAUUCAGUUCAGUAACCCCUACCAACAAUAACGCUUACAAAUCUACCUGCAUGGUAUAUCAGCAAGUCUGGCUGGCUGCUCAUGGGGCUGCUAUGUAACAGUUGGCAUGCUUCUUUAUUGUUUACAGAAUACAUACUGAUCUUAAGCAAAUUAUGGUCUAAGAUUCUGAUAAUUUAAUUUUUUGAGAUGGGGGGAUUGGUUUCAGGAAUAUUUUUUGAAAAUGACAGAAUCUGCAGAAAACAAAAUGUGUUUGUAGAACUGGAAUGCUGCCCUAAUGUUGCUAAUAUAAAAUUAACAAUGGAUCACCUUAAUGUCAAUUACCAGUUACUCGUGAAGUACAUGUUCAUUCCUGAUUAAAAUGGUUGCUGGAGUUGA